GUUACAAGCUCUCCCACACCUAUCCUCACCUGCACCCCCACCACCCCGCACAGCGCACCACCCCCACCACCAACCACCCACCAACGUACCCAGCAACCAUGGGCAAGGACAACAAGAAAGCCGGCGGUAGCGGCGGCAAAGACAAAAAAGCCGGCUCCGGCUCCGGCUCCAGUUCCAAAGAAUCGUCGUCGGGGUCGAAAGACGACAAACUGAAGCCAUGCACAUCGAUCAACGUGCGGCACGUGCUGUGUGCGAAGCACUCGCAGAUCACGGCGGCGCUGGAGCGGCUGGGUGCCGGCGAGGCGUUCGACAAGGUUGCGCGCGAGUUGUCGGAGGACAAGGCGCGGCAGGGCGGCAGUCUCGGCUGGCAGAUCCGCGGUGCCAUGGUCAAGGAGUUUGAGGACGUCGCGUUUAAGCUGCCCGUCUCGAAAACGGAUAGGCCGAGUUAUAAUAUGGAGCCCGUCAAGUCGGGGUUUGGGUAUCAUGUCAUCAUGGUCGAGGGAAGGAAGUAGGUACUACUACUACUAAAGUAGGUGCCGAGUGCUGCGAAUUGGAAUAUCCUGAGUGUCACGAGCGAGUGAGCUGUGCUGUGUGGGCUGUGCUGUGUGAGCUGUGUGUGCUGUGUGGGCUGUGUGGGCUGUGUGGGCUGUGUGGGCUGUGCCGUCUAUAGAUCCCCACCGAGGCGAAACACUCCGUGUGUAUGUACAUACGAACCACCAAAGGUCCAAUACUAGUACCUACUCUCCGGCCUCUACCCGCCAGAGGUAGGUAGGCAUGAUACCUACGUUCGACAGUGUCGGAACAGCCAUGUAGAGUAGGUAGGUACAUAUAAGCAUGUCCGGCUGCAAAUUGCAAUCACAGCAAUGUUCUGGAUCCAUUAUGCACAUAAUGUUCACAUAAAUGCCUACCUACCUACCUAGAAGUAUGAGCAUCGAUGCCGUCC